AUGUUUUCCUCACGGAAUAAAAAAGAUGAGGCCUACCCGGCCGUCCCCGACUCCCUUAGGUCGGACUCGCUCGAGAUGGCGGAGCUUAGAAAGACGCAACAAGCGCGAGCCGACACUGCCCCCUACAUUACGCCGUACCUCAGUCUUCGCGCCAGGCUCUCCCAGAUCUGGCUGAACCGGUGGACGAUCCUGCUCCUACUCGUCCUCCUCAGAGUCAUCCUGCUCAUCGCCAGUUUAAACGACAAUGUCGACGAAGCGAACCAAAAGGCGCUCUCUGCUUGUACCAAGGUCGAAGACAUUGGCAGCGCAAUGGCAUCCAUGCCUCACUACCUCUCUGUCGGUGUGAACGAACUAUCGGCAACAGGCAUCGAGAAGACACUUGAUGGCAUGGUCGCUAUGCUUGGUCUGGUCAUCACUGGUGUCCAGAACCUAAUCAUCUUCGUCAUCAACAUGUUGACCUCAAUGUACACCUGUCUUAUCACUGCCUUUAUCCAUGGCGGACUUGACGUCGCUUCGGAUGUUACCAAGAAGUUCACGGACGCCAUGAACAAGGCAUUGGGCGACAUCAGCAACACCAUCGACGAUGCGUCCAAGAGCCUGUCCGAUGGUAUCAACAAGGCUGUCGACGCCAUCGAAGGCUCCGUCCUCGGCAGCGUCCUGCCCGACUUCCCCAAGGUCGACUUCUCAGGACCCGUCAACGAUCUGCGUGACCUGAAGAUCGACACCAGCGGCUUCGUUGGCGACCUAAACAAGCUUAACGACGACCUUCCUACUUUUGACGAGGUCCAGAACAUGACCGCCGAGGCCAUCUCAUUCCCCUUCAACCUCCUCAAGCAGACCGUCGAAGAUGCAUACAAGGGAUACAAGUUCGACCGGUCCGUCUUCCCCGUCGCCCAGAAGCAGGCAAUGAAGUUUUGUUCGACCAACAACAACAUUGCCGACUUCUUCGACGAACUGAGGGGCAUGAUUCAGAAGGCCCGCAUCAUUUUCAUUGUCGUUCUCUCCAUCCUAGCUGUGCUGGUCAUCGCGCCUAUGGCGUGGCUGGAGAUUAGACGUUGGAGACGCGAGAGGAAACACGCCAAGAUCAUGGCCAGCAACCAGUACGACUCGAUGGACGUCGUCUACAUCGCUUCUCGCCCCAUGACUGCUACCUGGGGUAUCAAGAUUGCGUCUCACUUCAAGGGCAAGCGCCAGAUCCUUGUACGAUGGGCCAUUGCAUACGCCACAUCGCUUCCAGCUCUUUUCGUUCUGGCUCUUGCUAUCGCAGGCUUUUUCUCCUGUUUCUGCCAGUAUCUCCUGCUCAGGGUGAUUGAGAAACAAGUGCCUGCGCUCGCUAGCCAAGUAGGCGAUUUCGCCGACGAAGUCGUCACUUCGCUUGAAGACGUCUCCAGAUCGUGGGCUCAAGACGCCAACGGUGUCGUGCUAUCGACGCAGAACGAGAUCAACAACGACAUGCUCGGAUACGUCACCAACGCUACUUCGGCCGUCAACAACACCCUGAACACAUUUACCAGCACUAUGACAACUGGAUUGGAGACCGUGUUCAACGGCACCAUCCUCAUCAACCCUAUCAAGGACGUCGUCCGCUGCACGAUUGGCCUCAAGGUCGAAGCUGUCCAAAAGGGACUUACCUGGGUUCACGACCACUCACAGGUCACGUUCCCUCUGUUUGCCAACGACACCUUCAGCCUCGGUGCUCAAGAGUCCAUCUCCGGCGAUUCGGACCUAACAACCUUCCUUGCCUCCCCGUCAUCCGUGACAACAGACGAAGUCACGGGCGCCGUGACCCACGUUACAGAUAUGCUUCGCCGUGGCAUUGUCCAAGAGGCUCUCAUCUCUACCGGAAUCCUCCUCAUUUACGUCAUUGUCGUUCUCAUGGGUGUCAUCCGUGCUCUGGUCGGCAUGGCAAUGCCAGACAAGGGUCGCGGUGAGGGCGGAUUCCGCUACACCGGUGACGACCGCCCGGCCAUGAGCCCGAGAAGCCCUCCCAGAUCCCGCGACGACGAUUUCCGAUUCCCUCAAUUCGGCAGCGACGCGUCUGCGGUGGAUGACGACCACUACACGGAAUUCCGGGACGAGAAGGCCAUCAAGAAGACGAGCGUACAAGGCCGCAAAGCGCAACCCAUGGAGGGCCAUCAAAGACAAAGCUCCUAUGGUCACCUCGACACAGCGUCAUCCACCAAAUUCUAA